GGACGCCGCCAUCUUAAUAAAGGGAAAGAGCGAGCCUCCCCAGCGUGCCGCCUGUUAGGGGACAUGCCGACCAGCUGCGCGGCGGCGGGCUGCGCCGCCGUCUACAACAAGAGCGUCAACGUCAGCUUCCACCGAUUUCCCUUGGAUCCCAAGAGAAGAAAGGAAUGGAUACGUCUUGUAAAACGCAAUAAUUUUGUGCCAGGCAAACACACUUUUCUUUGCUCAAAGCAUUUUGAAUCCUCCUGUUUUGACCUAACUGGACAAACUAGACGACUUAGAAUGGAUGCUGUUCCUACAAUUUUUGAUUUCCCUGCUCAUCUAAAACUCAGGACACCUAUGUCAAGAAAUCUUCUGAAGAAGAAAGAUGCUUAUAUCCCAGAAGGGGUAUCUAACUUCAAAACAAACAUUAGCUGUAGACAAGUACUACUUGAACACAGUUAUGCUUUCAGAAGCCCCAUGGAAGCCAAGAAAAGGAUAAUUAAGUUAGAAAAGGAGAUAGCAAGCUUGAGAAGAAGAAUGAAGAACUGCAUUCAAAAAGAACGUAGAGCCACACAAAGAUGGAUAGAAAUGACUUGCCUCAUCAAAAACUUGGAAACAAAUAAUAUUUUGCCAGGAGUUACAUUGGACCACAUUUUACCAAAUGCCUUAAGAAACCUUCCCUUGGAAGAUUUCAAAAAUAUUUUACAGGAACAGCAAGACCAUCUAUAACAGCUUUGCCGAUUUUAAAACUAGACUUCAAAAUUUAAAUUUAUACUGAAUAUAAUGCCAAAAAAUGUAUCCAGCCUAAUUAAUGUGUUUUUCUAAGACAUUCUUGUGGUGGUGAGGGACAACUUUGGUUCUUAUGCCUGCUUAAUUAAUUGCAAAUACCCAUCUAUUACUAAUGAAAACUUCACAAGUCUUUUGAUUGUGAUAGUAAGUUUUCAAUCAGUUAAUAAGAGUGCCUUAUGCAAGAACCGUGAAUUAACUAUCUUUUCAUUUUUUUAAAUAAUUGAGGAUUGUGUUUUGGUUGAUUGGUCUAAUUUGUAGAACAUCUGAGUAAUAGAAAUGGACCAGUUUUUGAUGGAACACAUGCUCUAUUCAGGUAUUGUCCAUCUCGGAGAUGUUUCAUACAAGUAUAUAUUACAGGCAUUUUACUGUACCUUUUAUUAAGGUCUGUACCUUCUCCUUUUCCAGUCACUUCUACCAAAGAAGGUUUUGGUCUUCACCUCAAUUUAUUGAUGGGUUCUGGAGCAGAUUAUGUCAUAACAAAAGCAAUACUUGUUAGUCUGUUUUCCAAAAAUGUCAUGUAGACUUAUAAACCAAAUGUUUAUUUUGUAUUAGUUUUUGAACAGAGUAUAGGUUUUAUUUGAAAUCCAUCUUACUGCGUAAUUAAUCAUUAAACACCAUGCUAUGUAACAGGUAACCAAGUCUUGUAUGAUCAUUUUGACAAAGUGCUUAUGUUUUUUAUAACUAUUGUGCUAGUUUCAAAUAAAAAUGUCACUUUUCAA